AUGUGUGGUAGAUACGCUUGUUUUUGGCGUCCUGACAAUUUAGAAGAAAUAAUACGGCAAAGUAGAUUAAGGUGCAACAAAAGUGUUGACAAAGACAAGUACAAACCUUCGUAUAAUGUAACGCCGACAUAUUACGAGCCAGUUGUUCGAUGUGAUGCACAAUCUCGUGAAAACAUCAUUCAUUACAUGAAAUGGGGAUUAGUUCCAUCUUGGACAAAACGACGAUCAGAAUACGCUUCAUCCAUGAAAACUAUAAAUGCGCGAGAUGAUUCAUUAACAGGUGGUAAACCAAUGUUCUCGUCAAUGAAACAUUCGAAACGGUGUAUUGUUAUUGUUCACGGGUUUUAUGAAUGGUUGAAAAAAGGCAAAGAAAAGAUCCCGUAUUUUACGAAACGUCAAGGUAACGAGGUGAUGUUCUUUGCUGGAUUGUAUGAUUGUGCUACUUUCGAUGAUGAUCACGAAGAGUCCUUAUACACUUUCACGAUAGUAACUACAUCCGCGUCAAAACAGUUUUCGUUUAUACAUGAUCGAAUGCCUGUGAUUCUAGAUGAGUCACAACUGGAAAAAUGGUUGGACCCGAGCACAAGAUGGAAUCGGGAGCUGACGGAAAUGUUGAAGCCAUAUGAAGGUGAACUUGAAAUUUACCCUGUUAACAAAGCUGUUGGAAAAGCGGGAACCGAUUCUCCGAGUUACAUAGUUCCCAUUAACUCAAAGGACUCGAAAUCCAGUAUCGAAAGAUAUUUUGAAAAAACAAAGUGGCAACCAACAAAAGCUGCUGAUUCCGAACAAAAAAACAUGGUAAAAUCAACUUUUGAUGACGAUGAUGGAACAUCGCAAACAACUACAAAGAUUGAUUUAAAAAUUCAUGAAGAUGGGUUGGAGGCUACUCCGUCUAUCAGCAGUAACAAUAGUCCAAUCGGAUCACCAAAUAGCAAAAAGCAUAAACUAAAUGACGAACAUGAAGAUAAUGAAUCAAGUGAUACUACACCCAAAAAGCGCAGUCGUACAGAAUCUACUGCUACUAUUAGAUCUCAACCGUCGUCACCGCCUAAGAAAAAUUCGUCUUCAAGUCCGGGACAAAAGUCCUUGAAAAAGACCACAAAAAUAUCAAAAAGCAAAACACCUGUUAAGGAAGAGUCAAAGCUAAGAAAAAGGGUCGCAAAAAGUGAAAAGUCUCCAUCCUCUCCUGUGAUCACGGAGUUCUUCAAAAAGGUGGAUACUUAA